UUGCCGCCGCCGUCGUCGCGUGCGUUUUAAUCGAAAACCUAUUUGGCGGGGAUCGAGGAUAAUAAUACAGUUGUCGGCAACAGGUAGGCGGUAAUCGCCGGGAUGAGGGUCGUGAAUCGAGGGAAGUCCGGCGGGAAUAGAGCCAACUUUUCACGCUCGCCGCCGCCGCCGCCACCGCUACCGACGCGGCCUCUGCGUGACAACCGUUUUUAACGGUACGACGGGCCACGGCUGCCGUGUUAUAAAAACUAGGGCCGCGGCAUUUCCAGCGGACAUUUUCUCUUUGACCGUCCAACCCUCCCCAAAUUUUACAAUACUUCAUUAUAAUAUAAUAAUUUAUAGUAAUUUAAUAAUAUCAUCGUUAUAAACUUAUCAUUUAUCGUCGUGAUUGACGUUAUUGGAACGCUUGUUUAGCGAUUACAUUUUUUCCCCUUUUUUUUUUUGCUUCACUUACGAAUAUAUAUUAUAUAUUCUCGAAUAUUAUAGAAUAAUUAUACGCGCUUUAGAAUAUAUUGUAACAACAUUAUAGCAAUUAGCAAUAUACAUCCCGUGACGAGUGCAGUCAAGCCAAUACAUUCCGACAGACGUACACUGAGACGAUAAGAAUAUGGCAACAAAUUGGUGGAAAAUAACGGUCUUGCAAAUAUUGAUAACUACUGUUAUCUGUUCAACUGGAUUGGAGAUUGGUGAUGAUUCAAAAUUGUCAAAUGAAAAUAUGAUUUCAUUAUUUAAACAGUUUUUAGAGGAUAUAAAUAAUCAACAUGCAGUUAAAGAGAAUGAUAAAAUAGAGAAAAUAAAAGAUUUUUAUCAACCAUCGGCAUUAACAUCAUUAAAUGGCAAAUAUUUUGACAAAUUCACAGAGAAUGAAUUAAAAAAUGAGGAGUUACAGCAAUCGAUAUUUGAUAACCUCCAAAAUAUAAAAAGUAUUGAUCAUUUUAACAAGAAAAGUGAUAAAUCAAAUUUAUGUUAUUUUAAGAUUUGCAACAAAAAGAAAUCUGUAGACGACUAUGACAAAUUCAUCCGUUAUGUGACAAAAAGAUAUUAUAAUCCACAACAGUUUUAAAUUGUCAAUUUUUGAUUUUAUUGGAAAAUAAUUAAUUUUAAGUAAAUGUAUUAUUCCAAUAAAAUAAUAACAUUAAUAAUAAAUAGUUUGAUACUGUGAAGAUUCACUUAUCAUAAUUCAUUAAUUAUAUUAUUAUUAUUCAUACUUAUAUACAAAUAAUUAAAACAUAGUAAAUAUUUAAUGUAUUAGUUGUCAUUUAGAUAUUUAGAUAUUACGAGUGUCAUUGAUGAACAGAACUAAAGAUAUCUAAUAAAGUUUAAAUAGUUUUUACUACAAUAGUAUUAUAUUCCAAUUUUCAUAUUUUUAAUCAUUAUG